AUGUCAAAGAUCGGAAUUAACGGUUUCGGACGUAUUGGACGUUUGGUUCUUCGCGCUGCCAUUGACAAGGGCGCUGAGGUCGUUGCUGUUAACGAUCCAUUCAUUGGAUUGGAUUACAUGGUUUACAUGUUCAAGUACGAUUCAACUCACGGACGUUUCAAGGGAGAGGUCAAGGCUGAAGGUGGCUUCCUUGUUAUCAAUGGCAAGAAGAUUACCGUUUUCCAAGAACGCGAUCCAAAAGCCAUUGCAUGGGCAAAGGCUGGCGCUGAAUAUAUUGUUGAAUCAACUGGCGUCUUCACAACAAUCGAAAAAGCUUCUGCUCAUUUUGAUGGUGCAACCCAGAAGACCGUUGACGGACCAUCUGGAAAAUUAUGGCGUGAUGGUCGUGGUGCUGCUCAAAACAUCAUUCCAGCUUCAACUGGUGCAGCUAAAGCUGUCGGCAAAGUCAUCCCAGCAUUGAAUGGAAAACUUACUGGAAUGGCUUUCCGUGUUCCAACUGCUGAUGUCUCAGUCGUUGACUUGACAGUUCGUCUCGGAAAACCAGCAUCUUAUGAUGCCAUCAAACAAAAAGUCAAGGAAGCUGCUGAAGGUCCAAUGAAGGGAAUUCUCGAAUACACCGAAGAAGAAGUCGUUUCAUCUGAUUUCAUUAGUGACACUCACUCAUCAGUCUUUGAUGCUGCUGCUGGUAUUCCAUUGAACGAUCAAUUUGUCAAACUCAUCUCAUGGUAUGACAAUGAAUUUGGUUACUCCAACCGUGUUAUCGAUCUCAUCAAGUACAUGCAAAGCAAGGAUUAA